CAAGAAGCGUAGGGAACGUGUUUGACGGUGAGGCUCGCCACCGGAGCAGAGACUGUUUACAACAGGUACCUUGGUUAUAAUCCAGGGGAGGAUCACAUGCAGUGCAAAUUUUGCAAAUUCUCAAGCUCCAGUCAAGUGGUUCUUCUGAAGCACUGCCGACUUCGUCACGGAACAGGUGCGCACUGGCCCUGUGUUCACACAGACUGUGUGUGUGUAUUUAAAACACUUGGUGCAUUAAAGUCGCACCUCUCAAGAUCACACAAAACUGUGAGAAUCCAGGAAAAUUCCACAUUUCAAUGUGAAUUGUGUGAUUUUAAAGAGAUUUGCAGUGAAAAAGCUUUUUGGAACCACCUCGGGCGUCAUAUAAAGCAACGAGAAACUGUACCAUGUCCCAUUCGAGGAUGCAACUUUAAAACAAACACUCGCUCAACCUUCAGUUCUCACAGAAGUCGAAUCCAUAAGAAUUGUACGCUUAGGGAUUUUCGAUCAAUAGCAAGAGCCGAUACUGAAGACGUUGGAAAUGAUGGUGAACAAUCUGAUGGUGAAACUGGGACUGCAUUGCACAAUAGUGUGAGACCAACAGAGGUUGAAGAGUUUCCGGAAGAUGUGGAUAGUGAGACACUUCAGCAUAAAUUGGCCUCUCUUUUUCUAUGUAUGCAAACUGUUUUACAUGUGUCAAGGAGUUCAACACAAAAGAUUGUAGAGGAUUUGCAUAACCUGCUGUCUUUUUCUAACAUUCAUACUCUCAACAGUGUGAAAGAUAUCCUUUCAAAGCAUAACAUUGAAGUAAAUGAUUCUGUUCUGCAAGAAAUUUCUAAUGCUAUAGUUCAAACUAAUCCACUCCUUCUAACAACAUCAGAGAAAGGUUUGCUAUCUACAGAUUACAGAAGGAAUUCAUAUUUCAAGGAAAAUUUUUGUGUUAUAGAACCCAUAGAAUAUCUUUAUAACAGAGAUCAUAAAAAUGCUUUUGUUUAUGUUCCUGUCACUAAGGUACUUGAGACUUUACUAGGAAGGGCAGAUUUUUUGGACCAAAUUGUAUUUGAUCAAGAAAGUUUAUCCGGACACUUUAAGUCUUUUCAAGACGGCAAGUAUUACAAGGACAAUAAGUUACUGGGACAGCAAAACAUAUGCAUAAGUUUGGCAUUGUAUAUCGAUGAUUUUGAAAUUUGCAACCCUCUGGGUACAUCUAGAAAACUUCAUAAAAUAACUGCAGUAUAUUGGGUUGUUCUAAAUUUACCAGCCAAAUACCGUUCAAGUCUCACUUCAAUACAAUUAGCUCUCUUUGGUAAAAGUGAGGAUGUCAAACAACAUGGUUAUGAAAAGUUUCUAGAGCCAUUGAUCAAAGAUAUACAGUGUCUAGAACAAGAAGGAAUCUUUGUUGAAAUUUUAGGUCAGUUUGUUAAGGGUGCAAUAUUUUGUGUGUCUGCAGAUAACCUUGGAGCACAUAGUCUUGCAGGCUUCUUUGAAAGUUUUAAUGUUGAAAAGUUCUGUCGGUUUUGUUUGAUAAGUCGGGACCAAAUUGCAACCACUGAAGUGAAUGAUUUUCAAUUGAGGGAUAUUGAUGAACAUGACACCUUUUUGGAAGAGCUUAGCUGA